AUGACUAGCUCAGUUAUUUCUUUGCUUGGCGCUGAUAAAUUAACUAGGAAAAACUAUGCAACAUGGGAAAAUACGAUUAACACCGUUUUGGUCAUCGACGACCUCAAAUUCGUCCUAACGAAGAAAUAUCCUCCAGUUCCAGGACCCACUGCUUCACGAAAUGUUCGUGAAGCCUAUAAAAAAUGGACUAAGGCCAAUAAUAAGUCCAUGGUCUAUAUUUUGGCAAGCUUGAUUGAAGUCUUGGCCAAAAAGCAUGAGUCUAUGAUCACUGCACGUGAGAUCAUGGAGUCACUGCAUGAGAUGUUCGGCUAA